AUGGGGAUAAAGCACCUCCUGCUUCUUUUGAUGUACCUAGACCCACUGAAUGUCCUGUGCGCCGCCACCACCAACAAAAAGAGCAAAACCCCGCAGAGGAGGAACCCAAAGGUGAAGGAGGUCAACGGCAGCACCACUGCGGUCCCCGUGGCCGCGGCCGUGCCGGGGAAGAUCACCCAGGUCCAGGCCCCCUCGGUCGGCGGCGUCCAGCACGACACCUGCCUGGGCUACUACGACGUGAGCGGGCAGUACGACAAAGAGUUCGCCUGUAACAACACCGACCACCGCUUCUGCUGCGGCAGCUGCUUCCUGCGCUUCUGCUGCGCGGACCGGGGGAAGCGGCUGGAGCAGAAGAGCUGCACCAACUACAACACCCCCGACUGGAUCAAGACCCAGCCCCCUUCGCCGGCGCCAACAGGUGAUACGUAUGACCCGGAGCUGGACCAGACCAACACCACGGUGUACAUCACCUGCGGGGUCAUAGCGCUCAUCAUUUCCAUUGGGAUUUCUGCUAAAGUUGCCUACGAUAAAGCCACCAAGCCUCCUCAGGAAAUGAAUGUGCACAGAGCCCUGGCAGACAUUCUGAGGCAACAAGGACCAGUUCCAAUAUCUCAGUAUGAACAUGAAAACAUUGGAGCGAUUGACGGGUCCCCCAAAGACGAGACGCCAGUCAGAACCUCGAAGAAUCAUUACACACCUGUUCACAGCAAGGCAUCCAACCACGGGCACUAUGGGAAAGAAAACCUGCGCAGUGGAGGCCAAGACAUGCACAACUUUAUCUCCUCUGGGUUUGUGACGAUUGGACGCAGCCACUUGAAAGCGCAGCACUCCAUAGACGAAUCAGGGCAGAUGUCCUGGCAGGGCGAUCUCGACAUCCCCAUCUCCUACGGAAACCACCACCAUGACUACCAGCACAGCCACCUGGAUCUGACCGCGCUCACACCUAAACUGGCCCACAGAAAAAUGAGAUACGAAAGACCCCAGCGGAUGAACAACAUCCUGACCUCAGCCACAGAGCCCUACGACCUGUCCCUCUCCAGAUCCUUCCAGAACCUCAGCCAUCUGCCGCCCUCCUACGAGCUGGCCCUCAAGUCCGACUUAAGUGACAAGGACAUCGAUGAGUACUACACAAGGAAGCAUCAUCAUCCUGACUUUGGCGGCCGGGGACCGACCCACAUGGUGAAGCUGAACGCGGAUCACCAUCAGCACCAGCAGCGGCAGCGUCCCCGCCGGGUCCAGAGGGCCAUGUCCCAGGACCACGUGCUGUCUCCUCCCAGGACGCCGCGUCGCGGAGACUACGGCUUGUCCUCAUAUGGCGUCAUGGCAGCCGCCGCGUACGGGAGCAGCCGCCACCUCUCAGAGGAGCAGCUACUGUCGGCGGACCGCCUCCACUCCCAAGAUCCCUUGCUGUCCCCGGCGAUGAGGCGUGACAAGUUCCGGGAGAAGGCAAUGGCACGGGCCAUGUCUCACGCCGACAUGCUGCUGCCCACCACGCCUGUCAUGGACCGCCACAAGAUGACCAAGAUGCACUCUCAACCCAGUGCCUCUAACGACUCCUACAACACGCUGACGGUCAACCACCCAGCGACCACCUCUAAGAGGCAGGCGUUUGCCUCCCGACGAACACACACGGUGGACCACCUACAGUACAUUCCUGGCCACCACCACACAUACCGCACUGCCAGUAAGAACGAGGUAACUGUUUAA